GUCAAAAACAACAAUCUCGAGCAAUUUUGGACGAACUCGCCCACCGUACUCGAUACCCUUUCCCCUCUCAUCUCCCUAUGAUGUUUUUCUUUUUCUUUCUAACUUUUAGCUACUAUAGCUAAGUUUGGACCUUCAUUUUGCAGUGCCUUUACACAGACAGUCGUUCUAUUUUUUUCGUUUUCCAUCAUGUUCACGACCACCGGUUCCCGAGGGCUCGAUAAGGCCCCCCUGUCUAAAGGUCUCCUCCUGGUCCUCAGUGGUCUGACUGUCGUGCUAACCCUCCUGCCACAGUACCAUCACCUGUUCACCUACAGCCUGCAGUCCAUCACGCAGCAGCACCAGGUAUGGCGGUUAGUGUGUGGCAGACUGAUCUGUCUGGACCUAAAGGACACCUUCUGCAACAGUCUGCUCAUCUACAACUUCCGCAUCUUGGAGAGACGGUUCGGCAGCAGAAAGUUUGCUUCCUUCCUGUUUGGGACGUGGGUACUCACUGCACUGGUGGACUUCCUGCUGGCCGAAGCAUUUCACUACCUGUUUGACUACCAGGUGGCUGAGCUGCCUGCCGGACUGCUAGGCCCAGUGUUCAGCCUGUUUGUACCUUUCUACUCCUCCAUCCCCAAGGUUCCAGUCACUCAACUCCUUGGUCAGAUCUCCAUAACUAACAAGUCCCUGGUUUACAUUGUAGGCCUGCAGGUAUGUAGAGUUACAUAGUGUUCAGCAUGGUGGGGGUCAGUGGUUAAUAUGUAGAGUUACAUAGUGUUCAGCAUGGUGGGGGGUCAGUGGUUAAUAUGUAGAGUUACAUAGUGUUCAGCA